UCGUGCGGUUCGGUUACUAUAUUUUAUUUUUUGUUUAGUAGUUUAACACUGAAUUUCGUGUAACCAUCAUGGAUGUGUACAUGGAAUAACAUCUGCAGCUUGAUUAUUGAUUUUUUCAGAAACACGUGCUUUAUCAUUAUUUUAUAUACAACGUUUGUGUGACAACCAAAAACAUGCCAUACUUCCAGAUUAAUAGAAAAAUGCUGCUGAUGAAAAUUCACUAUUUUUUAGGAAUUGGUGGUUAUGCACCGUUUUCCCCAUUUUUGACAACAAUAUCAAAACAACGUGGUUAUUCAGCAUUCAUUGUUGGGUUAAUAUUCAUGUUACAACCAAUUCCAGGAAUGUUGAUAAGACCAAUUAUUGGUGCAGUUACAGAUAAAUACAAAUGUCGCCGGUCAGUGUUUAUUUUAAGUUCAAUAAUCACGUUUGUAUUGGUAUGUUUACUAUCAAUAAUUCCUGGUACAACCUCAAAAGAAGAGAUGAACGAUUUAGAUGUGAUCAAGUCGCCGUUGUUUUGGUUAUUCUUUACUACAAUUGCCCUAAUCAAUACGGAUGGAACAGUGAAAAGUGUUUUAGAGGACACAAUUUGUAUGGAUUUAUUAGGCAAAGACAAAAAUAAUUAUGGAAAACAAAGGUUGUGGGGAUCUAUUGGUUGGAGUUUGUUUGCCAUUAUUUCCGGUGUGUGUGUAGACUGGUACAGCACAGGACUAGAGCACAAAAACUAUGCUCCAGGUUACGCCAUUGCAUUGAUAUGUUUCCUUUUAGAUAUAUAUGUGGUGUUUAAACUCAAGGUUAAACAGGAAAAUGAUACCAACAUUGUAGCUUCUGAUGUGAAAAAAGUAUUCACUGAAGGUAAAGUACUAGCGUUUCUUCUUUGGGUUGUUUUUAUUGGAUUUUUUAUAUCUUUCAUAUGGAACUUCGUAUUUUGGUACUUGGAAGACUUGUCGAAUGUUUUCCACCCCGAAAUGAAACCGUGGAUGAAGACUCUCCAAGGAACAGCUUUAUUAAUCCAAUGUUUUGGUGGUGAAGUGCCAUCAUUCUUUUUAUCCAGCUACAUACUGAAACGUGUGGAUCACAUGACCAUAUUCUCCAUAGUGUUUUUUACGUUCACAUGUAUUUUCUCCGUCUACACGAUCAUCGAAAACCCUCUUUGGGCAUUACCAGUUGAAUUACUCAAUGGAAUAACGUUUGCUCUGUCUUAUUCGGCAGCAAUCUCGUAUGCGGCUCUUAUAACUCCUACAGGCGCUGAAGGAACGCUUCAAGGAGUCGUCGGAACGGCGUACACGGGAAUAGGUGCGCCCAUUGGAAGCUUCGUUGGUGGUUAUAUGUUUAAACAUAUCGGAAGUAUUGAUUCGUUUAAGCUGUUGAGCGUGGUUGCAUUUUUCACUUGUGUUACACAAAUUACUGUCAAUUAUUUAAUAAAUCGUUUAACUAUAAAUGAAGAUGUCAAGGACAGAUAUAGUAAAGUUGAAACAAAAGAUGAUAAUCUCGGAGAAGACUUAACUUUAACAUCCUAGUAUUAUAUACUAGAAUAUUAUUUUGUUAUUACUUACAAAAGAAAUAGCUAAAUUGUUGUAUUAUUUAUUAUUAGUACAAUAUUAUAUAUUUUAGAUUUUUCAAACCUUAA